AUGAACACAAAAAACUAUCAUGUGGAUCACGUUAGGGCUGAAAAGGAUAUCUUCAACGAGUGCGGUGCAGUUAAGUAUUUUGCAUUGGAGAUAGGAAGAGUUGAGAAAAUUAACAAACUUCGGCUUUACAGGAUUUCGAUAAUUUGCUUUGUUGGACGACAAAAAUUUGAUUCAGAAUCGAUUGCAAGCAAACAAUUUCAAAUACAAUUUUACAGAGUUUGUCUAAAAGAGUUUUACCGACAACGGCAUCUUAAGUUCCGCACCAUAGUUAAGCCUCAAACAGAUUGUGGUGUGAAACUAGGGCCUAAAAAUGUCAUUCCAUUCCUCUACGAGAAUUUGACCACUCUGAUCUCUAAAAAAUGUUUGAGAUGUUGUAUCAGUAAUUCGAAAACGGAAGCAUCAAAUAAAGCGAAAAUAACUAUUCAAUUUGGAUAUUGGCAGCAUCUCCAUAACAAAAUAUCAAAUUGUCAUGAAAACUCAAAAAAGGAGGCUUCGCAGUAUAAGAAAAAAAUGAAACCUAAAAUACGAGCCCAUUUACUUACUCAUGAAGAAGGUAAAUGUUGGUCAGUGGUUUGA